GUGGCACCAGCAUCCUUCAACCGGUACGCAAUUCUUUUACCUUUUCUGUCCCCUUGUCAUAAAAAAGUACAUACCUACCCUACAUACAUACAUAUCUUUCCGAACUUGGAAUACAUAUAACAUCCACGCUGGACCCUUCUUUCGACAAUUUCCUCCACUAACGCCACCCACCCAUUCAGCGCUACAACUUAGUCUCUGCCCACACUCUACGCUUACUCGUACCAUCACCACCACUACUUCGAAAUACAUCCGGUCCACUUCACACUCGACUGUCUCCUCUUAUCUCCCUUCGGAGACACUUCGCCGGGUCGUCGAUUACAUCAACUCCCCGUUCGACACCCUCUCACCCUCUGCCCGCCAUGAACCCCACCACACUCACCAACGGUGACGUCCCUCAGCCAACACUGGCCAGCGACAUCGACUCCACCGAAACCAUGACCCUCGACACCUACACAUUCCCCACCGAGCGACUAAAGACCGUCAUGUCGAGCCCGAACAAGACACCCCUCGUCCUCGUAUCCUGCGGCUCCUUCUCCCCUCCCACCAACCUGCACCUGCGCAUGUUCGAAGAGGCCGCAGACUACUGCGAAUUCGAGACCGACUUCGAGGUCAUCGGAGGAUUCUUCAGUCCCGUCGGAGACGCUUAUAAGAAGGCCGGCCUCGCCUCCGCAAACCACCGCAUCAACAUGACGAGAAUCGCCGUGCGCGACAGCUCCACCUGGAUCGGCGUCGACCCCUGGGAGCCGCUCCACAAGGAAUACCUGCCCACGGUGAAGGUUUUGGACCACUUCGACUACGAAUUGAACAAGGUCCGAGGGGGAAUCGACGACUCCACCGGCCAGAAGAAGCAGAUCCACGUCGCCCUGCUCGCGGGCGCAGAUCUGAUCCAGACGAUGAGCACGCCGGGACUGUGGGCCAAGGAAGAUCUGAGUAGGAUUCUAGGACACUACGGUGCCUUCAUUCUGGAGCGCAGCGGCACAGAUAUCGACGACGCACUCGUCAGCCUGCAGCAAUGGCGAGAGAACAUCCGAGUGAUCCCGCAACUGAUCCAAAACGACGUCUCGUCCACCAAGAUCCGCCUCUUCCGAAAGCGCGGCAAGAGCAUCCGCUACUACAUCCCGGACAAGGUCGUCGACUACAUCUACGAGCACGGCCUGUACGCCGACGACGAGAAGAAGCAGCCGGAGAAGGGCAAGGAGAAGGCAGCGAGCGAAUCCGCGCCCGCCGGCUCAUCGAUCGCGGCGACUUCUUGAACGGGGCAUCUGAGCGCCGUGCUUGAACAAUAGAUAUCAGCACGUUGUCAAAUCUUACUCUAUACACAUAGACAGACAGACAGACAGCCAUGCAAAGAGGGAGAGGGAUAUAACGAUACACACAUCCAUCCCGCCGCGCCCCAGUCCUCGCCGACGAACGACCCGCGCGACGCAGCGUCGCCAAACCAGGCAACUACCAACAUGGAACAACAACUACCAAACACAUCAUCGGGCGCAGGCCGUACUCUUCAUUCAUGGCUUUACUUCCAUCCUCAAGGCUACAUCCACCCGGCGGACCACCAUGUAGCGUUCGCCAGCUAGC